UUCAAAACCAAGUUCCAAUCCACAGAAAACUUGUAUUUUCCAAUUUCCAAAUGCUUUUCUUCACCAUCUUUCUUCUCUUCCUUUCCGUUGUUUUCAUCAUCAUCAAACUGUGUUCCAAUGAAGCAAACACCAAAAACUCACCCCCUUCACCUCCAAGGUUACCUCUACUGGGCAAUCUCCACCAACUUGGUUUGUUCCCACACCGCACACUCCAAACUUUGGCUCAAAACUAUGGAUCUCUCAUGCUACUCCACUUGGGGAAGGUACCAGUGCUUGUGAUCUCAUCUGCUGAUGCAGCACGUGAGGUGAUGAAAACUCAUGACCUGCUCUUCUCAGACAGACCACAACGUAAGAUGCACGAUGUACUCUUGUACGGUUCCAAAGAUCUUGCAAGUUCCACGUACGGAGAAUACUGGCGGCAGAUAAGGAGUGUGAGCGUUUUGCACCUUCUGAGUACCAAAAGGGUUCAGUCCUUUCGCCGUGUGAGGGAGGAGGAAACUGCCAGAAUGACGGAAAACAUUAGGCAGUGUUGCCGUGAUUCGUUGCCGGUGAAUUUAACUGACAUUUGUGCUUCGGUUACGAACGAUGUGGCGUGUAGAGUGGCUCUCGGAAGGAGGUACCGUGGAACAGAAGGGAGGGGGUUUCAGAAGCUGUUGUUGGAGUUUGGGGACUUGUUGGGUGCAGUGUCUAUAGGGGACUAUGUUCCUUGGCUUCAUUGGGUGAGCCACGUUAGUGGUUUUGGUUUGUUUCAGAGAGCCAAUAAAGUUGCCAAACAUUUGGACCAGUUUAUAGAUGAAGUGAUCGAGGAGCAUAUUAUUAGGAAUGGAAGAUAUGGGGUUGUUGAUUCUGGGGACCACGAUGAUUUUGUGGAUGUUUUGCUUUCGAUGGAAAAGAAUAACGCUAACACCACCGAUUCCCUGAUUGAUAGAACUGCAAUAAAGGCUUUGAUACUGGACAUGUUUGUUGCUGGUACUGACACAACUUACACAUCCCUGGAGUGGACAAUGUCAGAACUGUUAAAGCACUCAAGUGUGAUGCAAAAAUUGCAAGAGGAGGUGAGAAGUGUGGUGGGUAACAGGACUCAUGUGACUGAGGAUGAUUUGGGUGAAAUGAAGUACUUGAAGGCUGUGAUCAAAGAGAGUCUUCGGCUUCAUCCACCAAUUCCAUUAACAGUCCCUAGGAGAUGCAUGGAAGAUGUGAAAGUGAAAGGGUAUGAGAUUGGAGCUGGCACUCAGGUGUUGGUGAAUGCAUGGGCCAUUGCAAGAGACUCUUCAUGUUGGGACCAGCCUCUUGAGUUUAAACCGGAAAGGUUUCUAAGCAGUUCCAUAGACUUCAAAGGACAUGAUUUUGAGCUUAUUCCAUUUGGGGCAGGAAGAAGGGGUUGCCCUGGAAUAUCAUUUGCCACAAAAAUUGUUGAGAUAGUAAUAGCAAACCUUGUCCACCAGUUUGAUUGGUCAUUGCCUGGUGGGGCAAGUGGGGAGGACUUGGAUAUGUCUGAAAUUCCUGGCCUUGCUGUUCAUAGAAAAUUUCCUCCUCUGGCUGUAGCCACUGCAUAUGAGAGAAAUUAGUAUACAAGGACCAGAGAAGGAAGUUGUGAUAAAAGGAAUCAAGUAAAACACACGGCACUUUCAUGUUGUGAAUGGAUUUGUGUGUCUUUAAUGUCAUUUUCAGUAGUGACUUUAAUGUAUAUUAUGCUUUGUUCAGUUCUGGUAGUUUA